GCUGCUGAACAAAGUUGAAAGGAACCUUCUUCCCACUCUCUGGACGAUACCAAAGCAUAUGUCUUCUAAGCUCCCUUUAAUCCUUCAACAUUCCUUAAUUAUCGCUGUCUAAUCCCCCCAAACAAACUUUACCACCUAAAAUCCCACUGACUCUCUUCGUUUGCUAAUCCCAAAACCUCAUUAAAUUAGAAGGGUAAUCAGGGUUUGUGGUCUUCUUCCUCUGAACAAUCUUUUUGGCGUCGAGUAUAGGAGGAGAUCUGAGAGCAAUGGCCCAGAACACUUCGAACGGUGAGCACCAAAUCACAACUAAGCCGCCUCCAUUGCCAUCUCCAUUGCGAUUUUCCAAGUUUUUUCAGUCAAAUAUGAGGAUUUUGGUCACUGGAGGAGCUGGAUUCAUUGGCUCUCACUUAGUCGAUAAAUUGAUGGAAAAUGAAAAAAAUGAGGUGAUUGUUGCUGAUAACUACUUCACUGGAUCAAAGGACAAUCUUAGAAAAUGGAUUGGUCAUCCAAGAUUCGAGCUUAUUCGUCACGAUGUUACUGAGCCAUUGUUGGUCGAGGUUGAUCAGAUUUACCAUCUUGCAUGCCCGGCUUCUCCAAUUUUCUACAAAUACAAUCCUGUCAAGACAAUAAAGACAAAUGUAAUUGGCACACUCAACAUGCUGGGACUUGCCAAGCGAGUUGGAGCCAGAAUUUUGCUUACCUCAACUUCAGAGGUAUAUGGAGAUCCUCUUGUGCAUCCACAGCCAGAGAGCUACUGGGGAAAUGUUAACCCAAUUGGAGUUCGGAGCUGCUAUGAUGAGGGGAAGCGUGUAGCUGAGACUUUGAUGUUUGAUUAUCAUAGGCAGCAUGGGAUACAAAUUCGCAUUGCUAGAAUCUUUAACACAUACGGUCCACGCAUGAAUAUAGACGAUGGGCGUGUGGUCAGCAAUUUCAUAGCUCAAGCACUUCGUGACGAACCCUUGACCGUCCAACUUCCCGGAACCCAAACUCGCAGUUUUUGUUAUGUUUCUGACAUGGUUGAUGGCCUCAUUCGUCUAAUGGAAGGAGAGCACACUGGGCCGAUCAACAUUGGAAACCCAGGUGAAUUUACCAUGCUUGAACUUGCCGAGACAGUGAAGGAGCUUAUUAAUCCUAAGGUCGAGAUAAAGAAGGUGGACAAUACCCCUGACGAUCCACGACAAAGGAAACCUGACAUCACAAAGGCUACAGAACUGCUGGGAUGGGAGCCAAAAGUGAAGCUGAGGGAUGGCCUCCCCCUCAUGGAGGAGGAUUUCCGCCAGAGGCUUGGAGUGGCCAAAAAGAACUGAAUCUGCCGCCUGAAAAAUAUUGAUAGAUAUCUGCUCAGGGGGUGAACUUUUGCAUCAAACAUGAGAGAGUGCUUCAGAAUACAACAUCAUCAAUGAUUCUUGUUUGCCUUUUCUACUUCUUCCCCUUGUGUUUUUGUACAAAAUAAGUGGUGGCGACUGUUGUCUUUUGCUUUUUGUUUUUUGUUUUUUGUUUUUUUCUCAUUUUUUUCCUUUAGUGAAUUAUCAACAUUGAGAAACUAAGGAAUCUCCUUAAACUUGGCAAUCGCUACCUUUUUUUAUAGAUGAGAUGACCGAAGGUUGUUCUUUGGUUUGGUUGAGUCAA